AUGUUCAUGAAUACACUUGGUAUAUCAAGCAGAGUUAUAUUUACUACAACCCAAAAGAUGUGUGAUGUCAUAUUAGAAGUAGACAAACGUGGCAAGCAUGGUAAACAUGGACUUGCAAUAAGUUUAGAAGUGAAAGAUAACAUAAGAUCACACAUAACUUCCUUUCCUGCAAUUGAAUCUCAUUACUGCAGGUCAGCAACAUCAAAAAAGUUCAUUGAUGGGAGUUUGAAUAUAAGUCUUAUGUAUAAACUUUAUGUUGAAUAUUGUAUAAAUCAAAAUUUAGUUAUGGCAAAAAACAUAUCUAUGAAACAAUUUUUAAUGAAGAAUUCAAUAUUUCUUUUCAUUCCCCCAAAAAAGACCUUUGCAUGUGCUGUGAAUCAUAUAAAAACAAAAGUGGUGAUGACAAGUUGA